UUUUUCGCUUCAUGUUACUGCAUUUUAUUAUAUUGUACUAUCCCCAUCCGGUUUUCUAUUAUAAAACCUUUCACAAAUAUUGGAAUUAUUCGUACAAGGAUUUUAACUCAAAUCAUCGAAAUUUCAAAUUAGUUAAUCAAUAACAGCAAGGUCUUGUCUGAUCGCUAGCGCGCCUUAUUAAAGUCUGUUGAUAUAAGUCCUCUAACGGACUAUUGUUUUAAAAAAUGGAAGCAUUGAUUCCUGUAAUUAAUCGUUUGCAAGAUGUUUUCAACACAGUUGGUUAUGAUGCUAUUCAACUACCACAGAUAGUUGUUAUUGGUUCACAGAGCUCUGGAAAAAGUUCAGUGAUAGAAAGUAUUGUUGGAAGAUCAUUUUUGCCUAGAGGAAUUGGAAUUGUAACUAGAUGUCCUUUAGUUUUGCAACUUGUCAAUUGCCCACUAAAUGAUAAAGAACAUAGGAAUGCUGAAAACGGUACUGUGAACAUGGAAGAAUGGGGUGAGUUUCUUCAUUGUAAAAAUAAAGUAUUUAAAGAUUUUUCCGAAAUACGCGAGGAAAUUCAAGCUGAAACUAAUAGGGUGGCUGGUAUUAACAAAGGAAUUUGUCCAGAACCCAUAAGUUUGAAAAUAUAUUCUGUACAUGUAUUAAAUUUGUCCUUGGUUGAUUUACCUGGAAUAACCAAGGUGCCGGUUGGUGAUCAACCUGAAGAUAUUGAAGUCCAAGUGAAAAACUUGGUGACUAAAUAUAUCCAAAAUCCAAACUCAAUUAUAUUAGCUGUUAGCACUGCCAAUACUGAUAUGUCAACCAGUGAAAGUCUUAAACUAGCCAAAGAAGUAGAUCCAGAAGGAAAAAGAACACUAGCUGUUAUUACAAAAUUAGAUCUUAUGGAUGCAGGUACUGAUGCUGUAGAUAUAUUAUGUGGCCGUGUCAUUCCAGUUAAACUUGGUAUAAUUGGUGUUGUUAAUCGAUCACAGCAAGAUAUAAAUGAUAAUAAGUCUAUUGUUAAUGCCUUAAAAGAUGAAGCUACAUAUUUACAAAGGAAAUAUCCUUCAUUAGCUAAUCGUAACGGUACUCCAUACUUGACAAAAACAUUGAAUAGACUUCUGAUGCAUCAUAUUCGAGAUUGCUUACCAAACUUAAAAACUAGGGUAAAUGUUAUGGUUUCCCAAUUUCAGUCUCUUCUAUAUUCAUUUGGGGACGAUGUAUCUGAUAAGAGUCAAACCCUAUUACAAAUUAUCACUAAAUUUGCUGCAGCAUAUUGUUCAACAAUUGAUGGCACUUCUAAAAAUAUUGAAACUACAGAACUAUGUGGAGGUGCACGAAUAUGUUAUAUUUUCCAUGAAACUUUUGGAAAAGUAUUAGACUCUAUUCAUCCUCUCACUGGUCUUACAAAAAUGGAUGUGCUCACUGCUAUUAGAAAUGCUACUGGUCCAAGACCUGCUUUAUUUGUUCCUGAAGUUUCUUUUGAAUUAUUAGUAAAAAGGCAGAUUCGAAGGCUUGAAGAACCAUCUCUUAGAUGUGUUGAACUUGUUCAUGAAGAAAUGCAACGUAUGAUCCAGCAUUGUGGUGUUGAGUCUCAACAAGAAAUGAUUAGAUUCCCAAAGCUUCAUGAAAGCAUAGUAGAUGUUGUCACUCAACUUUUACGACGCCGUUUGCCUACUACAAAUUCAAUGGUUGAAAACUUGGUGGCUAUAGAACUAGCUUACAUUAAUACUAAGCACCCUGAUUUUCAUAAAGAUGCUGAGUUAGUAUCAUUGAUGAUGAAAAGUGCCGAGGAAGAUGAAAUUGUUAGACAGCGAAAUUUGAGAAAAAUAAAUACAACUGCAUCAAUUAAUGGAUGUGAUCGGGAUAGUGUUACAAGUUUUGGCUCUUUGAAAAAAACGCCUAGACAACAAGACAAUAACAGUGAAGUAAACUCUAUGGAGUCAUCUCCUGCUACAACACCGGUUCAUCAUGCACCCAAUGAUUUAUUAUCUACAGCUGUAUCUAAUAGCUUUAAUAAUUUAGACAUCCAUAGCCCAUCAAAUGUAAGAAAUCUUUCUGAGAAAGAAUUGCGUGAUUGUGAUGUCAUAGAGAGAUUAAUCAAAUCAUAUUUUUAUAUUGUGAGAAAAUCAAUUCAAGAUAGUGUUCCCAAAGCAAUAAUGCAUUUUUUAGUUAAUUUUGUAAAGAACAAUUUGCAGUCAGAACUAGUCACACAUUUGUAUAAAUCAGAAUCUGUAGAAGAACUUCUCAAUGAAUCUGAACAUAUAUCCAAACGCCGAAAAGAUGCUGUUGAUAUGUUAAAGGCAUUACAAAAUGCAAAUAAUAUUAUAAGUGAAAUUCGUGAGGUGCACGUUUGGUGAACAUGAAUUAAUAGAAUAUUUACUGUAACAGUUUAGUUUUUAUAUAAAUAAUUAUUUGUUUAUUUUUAAUUGUAGAGUAAUUGGAAAAUUGAUACAUUUAAAUAAGUUUCUGUUGAGUAUUUCCUUUGUGAUCAAUUUAAACAAAUUUCAGUUCAAAAUUCUUAAACUUUAGUUAAAGAUAUUUUAUAGUAAAAAUAAAUAUACAUAGUGUUCAGUAAGUAAGGAAACAGGUCAGUUAUUAUAAACAAUGAGAACAAUAGAAACCUGUUCCUUACUUACUGAACAACCUGUAUAUUUACAUUAUUUUUAAUUUAAGCCUGUUUUGAAUUACUAUAUAUCAUUUGUAUUUAAAUUUUAAAAUAUGAAUAAAAAUUUUACUGUAACACAAUAAAAAGUUAAUGCACAAAAUUAUGUAGUUAUAAAAUUGUUUUGUUGAAAUGUACAUUGUUGUAAAAAAUGAUUUGACUUAUUAAUUAAUAUACCCUUAUUGUUCUCAUCCCAAUGACAUUUUAUAAAAAAUAUAACUGUUGUAGAAUUUACAAAAAUGUGUGAAAUUUUAGUAUAUGUAAAUAUUUUUAGUAUUAAUUAUAUAAAAUGUUAAUGGGUAUUUUAUAAACAAUUUUUAUGAAUUAAUAAUCAUAAUCUUUGCUUUUAAAUUUUCUAGAUAAUAAGAAGACAGUUUAAAUUAACCAAGUAAGCUAGUAUUUAAGCAAAUAUUAGAUUACACAUUUGUUACAAAAUAUGAGAAGAUAAAGAAGUGUAAAAAUCCUAUAUUUUGCUUUUAUAACAGUUAUUGUUUAUUAAAGAAAAAUAUUAGGAAAUAUACGUAUAUUGAAUGAAUGAUUUAUUUAUAUAUCUUUCAAAAUAAAGUUUCUUGAAUUUAUUUUGAUUAUUUUUUAGUGUCAUUAAAUAAAAUACAUUGUAUUUUACAUUCAUUAUCAUUAUUUUAUAUUAAAAAUUAUUAUUCAUGAGUUUGUUAAUUUUUCCACUUGACAUGAUAUUUAUAUAUUUAAGAUAAGAUAUCUGUUACGGUGAGUUUUAUGUAGUCACAUUUAACUUUCAACCCAAUAAGAGAAACUUGUUUUACACAUAUAAGUGGGGAAGUCGUUUUCUGAUCGGUGAUAGUCGUCGGCUUAUCUACCAAUUGUAACCGGUAUAUAGUCUAGUUGAUUAGACACAUCGGAGCCGUCAUUAGCUGUCCCGCGACCUUUGCGGUGUUUUGGUGCGUAUUUAUACGGUGGAUCUACCGUGCGUGUGAUUAUAAUUAUUAAGUCCACGUUGUUUCCGUCAAACGGUUGAAAGUGGUUGAAUACACCAGUUCUCGUCCGAUCACUGAAGUUGUGCCCAGGUCAGAUUAUCAAAUUCAACGAUACUUAUAAA